GCGAGCCGAGGUGUCGCCCGCGCCCGCGCCCGUGUCGCCGCCGUGCCCGCGAGCGGGAGCCGGAGUCGCCGCCGCCGCCGCCGCCCGAGUGCAGAAGAGCGCACGCCGGGGCUGUCUGUCACCGCCAUGGCCACCACGGCGACCUGCACUCGCUUCACCGACGAGUACCAGCUCUACGAGGAUAUUGGCAAGGGGGCGUUCUCCGUGGUGCGACGCUGUGUCAAGCUCUGCACCGGCCAUGAGUACGCGGCCAAGAUCAUCAACACCAAGAAGCUGUCGGCCAGAGACCACCAGAAGCUGGAGAGAGAGGCUCGGAUCUGCCGCCUCCUGAAGCACUCCAACAUCGUGCGGCUGCACGACAGCAUCUCGGAAGAAGGGUUCCACUACCUGGUCUUCGAUCUGGUCACUGGCGGGGAGCUCUUCGAGGACAUCGUGGCCAGAGAGUACUACAGUGAGGCGGACGCCAGUCACUGCAUCCAGCAGAUCCUGGAGGCGGUUCUCCAUUGCCACCAAAUGGGGGUCGUCCACAGGGACCUCAAGCCUGAGAACCUGCUCCUGGCCAGCAAGUGCAAGGGGGCCGCGGUGAAGCUGGCGGACUUUGGCCUGGCCAUCGAAGUGCAGGGGGACCAGCAGGCGUGGUUUGGGUUCGCCGGCACGCCGGGCUACCUGUCCCCAGAGGUGCUGCGCAAGGAGGCCUAUGGCAAGCCAGUGGACAUCUGGGCAUGCGGCGUGAUCCUGUACAUCCUGCUGGUGGGCUACCCGCCCUUCUGGGACGAGGACCAGCACAAGCUCUACCAGCAGAUCAAGGCCGGCGCCUACGACUUCCCGUCCCCCGAGUGGGACACAGUCACACCCGAAGCCAAAAACCUCAUCAACCAGAUGCUGACCAUCAACCCCGCCAAGCGCAUCACCGCGCACGAGGCCCUGAAGCACCCGUGGGUCUGCCAACGCUCCACGGUGGCCUCCAUGAUGCACAGGCAGGAGACGGUGGAGUGCCUGAAGAAGUUCAACGCCCGCAGGAAGCUCAAGGGCGCCAUCCUCACCACCAUGCUGGCCACCCGGAAUUUCUCAGUGGGCAGACAGACCACCGCUCCGGCCACAAUGUCCACCGCGGCCUCCGGCGCCACCAUGGGGCUGGUGGAACAAGCCAAGAGUCUGCUCAACAAGAAAGCAGACGGAGUCAAGCCCCAGACGAAUAGCACCAAGAACAGCGCGGCUGCCACCAGCCCCAAGGGGUCGCUUCCUCCAGCUGCCCUGGAGCCUCAGACCACCGUCAUUCAUAACCCCGUGGACGGGAUCAAGGAGUCGUCUGACAGCACCCACACCACCAUAGAGGACGAGGACACCAAAGCGCGGAAGCAGGAGAUCAUCAAGAUCACUGAGCAGCUCAUCGAGGCAGUCAACAACGGGGACUUUGAAGCCUACGCGAAAAUCUGCGACCCAGGCCUGACCUCGUUUGAGCCUGAAGCUUUGGGCAACUUGGUCGAAGGGAUGGACUUCCACAGGUUCUACUUCGAGAACUUGCUCGCCAAAAACAGCAAGCCGAUCCACACGACCAUCCUGAACCCGCACGUGCACGUCAUCGGGGAGGACGCUGCCUGCAUCGCCUACAUCCGCCUCACGCAGUACAUCGACGGCCAGGGCCGGCCCCGCACCAGCCAGUCCGAGGAGACCCGCGUGUGGCACCGCCGCGAGGGCAAGUGGCAGAACGUGCACUUCCACUGCUCAGGCGCGCCCGUGGCCCCGCUGCAGUGAAGAGCCCGACGGAUGGUGUUUGGCGCCCAGCCGCCUCGGCGCACGGCCUGCCUGUCGCAUGUUUGUGUCUGCCUCUUCCUCCCCUGGUGCCUGUGUCUGCAGAAAACCAAGACCAGAUGUGAUUUCUUUUUAAAAACAAGAUGACAGCAACAACCACACACACGAAAUGUCGGAUGAAAUGGGAAAAAAAACUAAAGAAAGGAAAAAGCUGUAAAAAUGAUUGGCAUUCGUGGGGCUUCGAACGUACUGGCCAUUCCCUACCCGAGCUCCACCUGUCUGUCCGCUCCUGGCCUCCGGACCGCCGGCGGUGAACUUGUCCACGGGACGGCGCCCGUUGCCCUGCCGUGUUUGUUUCGAAGGGGCCCAGCCCUCUGCCCUGCGCGCAGUGGGUAGUGUCUGGUGUCGUCUGGGGGCGCUGCGGGGGCCGCGGGCCUGAGCGCAGCUGUUCCCUCUGCUUCUUUUCCCUUCCUCUCCCCCAACCAAGAAGGCGGGUGUGGGCCCCUCCCGUGCCAGUGCCCCAGCGUGGACCGGCCAUGCAGAGGCUGGGCCAGCCCCCCAGAAGGACCAGUCAUGAGAGGAGCCCCUGGGGCCCAGGGCUCUGGCUCUGGCCCUCCUAGGGGCAGGAGGUGCAGGUGGGUACGCCUAGCGUCAGACCCAGGCCGGCUACACCCGGCGGGGGAAACACCCUCGGCAGAAGCCCACGGGGCCUUCCGCAGAUACAGGGGCAGGGGCUCGAGGGGCAGGAGCUCCAGGGCUCCUGGCUACUGCAGGGCUCCCGGCCUCUGGCAGUGCUGCGGGAGGCCAGGGCAGGGCCGGGCCGACCCCCUCGCCAGGCUUCAGGAGGCUGCAGUGUGUGCCCGGGACUCUGAGCGGGGAGAAGGCGCAGGGCUCCCAGCACUAAGGCUCAGGGACGGCCUGUGCGGUCAGAUGGCAGCGGAGAGCAGCCAAGGGUGCGGGUGCGGGUCUGCCUGGGCCUGUUCACAGAGGUGUGGGGCCCAACUCCUUCCCCUUUAAUUGAUGUUGUUUUCAACAAAGAUUCUCUUCUCUUCCCUCACAAGUCAAGCUGGGGUGGGGGGGGGUCAUGGGGUGGGGACAGGACACAGCACCUGCUCUCCAAGUAGGCUGUCCAUCGUCAGACACUCUUAGUGGACACUCACCUGCCCGUCCACAGCUGUGCUCAGGACAGCUGUCCCCACCCACGGACACGGGGUGAGCAUCUGCCAGGCUCCCUGGGUGUGGGCAGCACAUGGCAGGGCUCAUGGCAGACAGCGUGUGGCCCAGCCACCCGCACCUCCUGGGGCCUCCUCCCUCCUCUCCCACUCCUGUUAUCUCCACGGAGCUGCCUGUCUGGGUUAAUUUGGGGAUUUUUUCUGGGGGAUAGUUCUUUUGCAUGACCCCCACGAGCAAGCCACACCCGCUCUCCUAGCUAGAUGUCCGCGGUGUGGCCUCGCCGGCCUGCCCUGCAGAGGGUCAGCUGCCGCGGCGCUGGCUGGCUUUCCUCCUCUCUUUUUGCUGAGUUUCCUUGUCUUUUCUUUCUGAGCCUUGUAAGUGUACAAAAAAUUAUUUUGUUCUGUCUCGGGAAACUGCGAAUAAAAGAAAA